CCCGGGCGGGCGGCGGCUCAGCCUGGGCCGAAAAACUUUACUGGCGGCGGCGGCGGGGGUGGUGAUGGUGCUGGUGCUGGUGGUGCUCAUCCCGGUGCUGGUGAGCUCCGCCGGUACCGACGGCCGGUACGAGAUGCUGGGGACCUGCCGGAUGGUCUGCGAGCCCUACGGCCCCGCCGGACCCCCCUCCCCGGCCGAGCGCGGCCCCCUCCCGCCGCCCUCCACCCUGGUGCAAGGUCCCCAAGGGAAACCGGGGCGACCGGGGAAACCGGGACCUCCCGGACCACCGGGAGAACCGGGACCGCCGGGCCCGGCGGGGGCCCGGGGCGAAGCGGGACGGCCGGGCCCCCCCGGAUUGCCGGGCCCGGGGGCUACGGGUGCGGUGAGCGCGGCCACCUACAGCACGGUGCCGCGGGUCGCCUUCUACGCCGGCCUCAAGAACCCCCACGAGGGCUACGAGGUCCUCAAGUUCGACGACGUGGUCACCAACGUGGGCAACAGCUACGACGCCGCCUCGGGCAAGUUCACCUGCGCCAUCCCCGGCACCUACUUCUUCACCUACCACGUCCUGAUGCGCGGCGGCGACGGCACCAGCAUGUGGGCCGACCUCUGCAAGAACGGGCAGGUCAGGGCCAGUGCCAUCGCGCAGGACGCCGACCAGAACUACGACUACGCCAGCAACAGCGUCAUCCUGCACCUGGACGCGGGCGACGAGGUCUUCAUCAAGCUGGACGGGGGCAAGGCCCACGGCGGCAACAACAACAAGUACAGCACCUUCUCCGGCUUCAUCAUCUACUCAGACUGAGCCUGGAGCCCCACGGCAUCGCCCCACGGCCCUGCAGCCCCGCAGCAUCCCCCUCUGACUGCCCAGCCCCAUGGGAUCCUUGUG